AAGUGAAACUUAGACAUGAGCUCUGCAAAAUGUUUAUAUGAAAAAAUUGGUAAGUGAAGAAGCAGCCCCACGAAACCAUGAAAUGAAAGCAAAAUAACCACCCUCUUACAAACAAAUUGAGUUGUGCGCACCAGAAUCCCUUCUAUGAUGUGCAGUUUCAGAUUAAAUGAAAACGAAACUUAAGCGUUUAACUCGGUCUGAUUCUCAGCGCAUCUCACAUCACAUAGGCGUCGCUGGUGAACUGAACAGAGUUCAGACAUGUCUCCAAGCACUUCUUCAAAGGGAAAGAGUAGUGGUCUGAACCAGCACUAUGAAGAGAAGGUGCGCCCAUGCAUUGACCUAGUGGACUCACUCAGGUCAUUAGGUGUAGAAAAGGACCUGAACCUGCCAGCUAUUGCUGUCAUAGGUGACCAGAGCUCAGGAAAGAGUUCUGUGUUGGAAGCCCUGUCUGGAGUGGCGCUGCCUAGGGGAACAGGUAUUGUGACACGCUGUCCUCUGGUAUUGAAACUGAAGAAAAUUUCAAAAGACAACAACUGGCAUCAGUGGCAUGGAUUGAUGUCAUAUAGGGACCAAACAAAGAAACUAAAAGACCCAGCGGAAAUAGAGAAUGCUGUCUUAAAAGCUCAGACAGUAUUGGCUGGAAAGGGAGAAGGGAUCAGUCAUGAGAUGAUCACUCUGGAGAUCCAGUCCAGUGAUGUCCCUGACCUCACUCUCAUUGAUCUGCCAGGCAUUGCUAGAGUUGCCACUGGCAACCAGCCAAAAGACAUUGAGAAACAAAUAAAAGAUGUAAUUGAAAAGUUCAUUAAAAGACAAGAAACCAUCAGCUUGGUUGUGGUGCCUGCAAACAUUGACAUCGCCACCACUGAGGCACUGCAGAUGGCAUCCAAAGUCGAUUCAACUGGACAAAGGACCCUGGGUAUUCUGACUAAACCAGACUUGGUGGACAAAGGCAUGGAGGAGACGGUGGUCAGAACAGUCAAUAAUCAAGUGAUACAACUGAAGAAGGGCUACAUGAUCGUAAAGUGCCGAGGCCAGCAAGACAUCAAUGAGAAGCUUGAUCUGGUCAAAGCGCUGGAAAAAGAAAGACAUUUUUUUGAUGAACAUGCUCAUUUCAGGUCUCUUCUUGAGGAAGGAAAAGCUACAAUACCCCUUCUUGCAGAAAGACUCACAAAAGAAUUGGUUGAACACAUUACUAAAACGCUGCCACAGUUGCAGAAACAACUUGAGAUGAAAUUAGAGAAGACGACUGAGGAUCUUAGAGCACUGGGAGCUGGAGUUCCUACUGAUGAACACGAGAAAAACAAUUUUCUGAUAACGAAAAUUCGCCAGUUCAUUGAUGCACUUGAAGGAAUAAAGAAGGCAGAAGAAGAUCUAAGAAGCUCAGAUAUGAGGGUCUUCACCAAAAUCAGGAAGGAAUUUGAUAGAUGGAAAACUGUCCUGGAUGCCAAAACCAUAAAGACGGAGGAAACCCUCAGAGAUGAGGUAGAAGAGUAUGUUGGAACUCGUAGAGGAAGGGAGCUUCCUGCAUUUGUGAACUACAGAACUUUCGAAAACAUUGUCAAGAAACACAUUGAGGAGCUGGAGGAACCUGCUUUAAAGCUGCUCAAAGACGUCACAGACAUUGUUCACUCAUGUGUGAACCGCAUUGUUAGCUCUCAUUUCAAGGCCUUCUCACACCUAUUAAGGGCCACCAAAGAUCCAAUUGAAGAUUUUCUUGAUGAGCAGUUUCAGAAAGCUGAGGAGAAAAUACAUUCUCAGUUUAAGAUGGAGAGGAUUGUCUACUCCCAAGACCAUCUCUACAGCAACAAACUUGACACUGUAAAACAAAACCUAAAAGUUCUUGGGCAAAGGCCGUUCAUCAGUGCAGAGGUACGUGAGAUGGCACAGCAUCUCACUGCCUAUUUUAUGAUUACCUCUGAUCAUCUGGCUAAUCAAGUGCCACUGAUAGUCCAGUACCACAUACUGGACCAGUACAUCUCUCAGCUUCAGAAUGCAAUGCUUGCCAUGAUUGGAAGGAACAAUCCAGGAAUGCUGCUUCAAGAAGAUUCUGAUGUUGCACGUAAAAGGAGAGAACUGAAAGAGCGACUGGAGCGCCUGAAGAGUGCUGGCAAAGUCCUGUCCAAUGACUCCGAAGAAGGCAGUGGUUCUUCAGCGCACUCCUCCAUGUCCUUCUCAUCACUCCGCACCAUGUUUGCUCUGCGCUCGCUGUUCCGUACUGCGCACUUCAGAUAUGCGGCUGCUGCUCAGUUUCAUGCAUCUUCAAACUGCAGUGGCGCAAAAGUCGCUGUUGUGUUGUCUGGAUGUGGUGUUUAUGAUGGUACUGAAAUUCAUGAGGCAUCAGCAAUCCUUGUGCAUCUAAGUCGGGGAGGUGCAGAGGUUCAGAUGUUUGCUCCCGAUGUGUCUCAGAUGCAUGUGAUAGACCACGGCAAAGGUCAGCCAGCGGAGACUGAGUCAAGGAAUGUCUUGUCAGAAUCAGCGCGCAUUGCAAGAGGCAACAUCACUGACCUGGCAAAACUGAGUGCCAGUAAUCAUGAUGCGGUCAUCUUCCCUGGUGGUUUCGGUGCAGCUAAAAACCUUUCAACAUUUGCUAUUGAUGGGAAGGACUGUAAGGUGAAUAAGGACGUGGAGCGGGUUUUAAAGGACUUCCAUAAAGCAGGAAAGCCAAUUGGGUUGUGCUGUAUAUCUCCAGUGCUGGCGGCGAGAGUUCUCCCUGGUGUGGAUGUGACGGUGGGUCACGAGGAGGAGGAAGGUGGGAAGUGGCCAUAUGCUGGUACUACACAAGCCAUCACUGCACUGGGAGCCAAACAUACUGUUAAAGAAGUUACCAUAUCCUACCUGUACAGAGUAUUCUCUUCUUCUCUAUUUUCAAAAUUAUGACAUACUGUAAUUGAGAUAAAAAGUAAAUUAUGAUGUAAAAAGUCAAUCAUGACACCAAUGUCACCAAUGAUUUUUUCAUAAUCAUGAGAUGAAAAGUCAUAAUCAUGACAUGCCAAGAUAAAGUCAUAAUUAUUAGACUAAAGUAAAACAUUUUAAUUAUUUUUAUUAUUUAAUUUACUUAUCAUUAAUGUUAUGAAAGCUUUGUUUUUCUGAAUUAACCUUAACCUUCCAUUCUUACGAAGCGCAUGUGGACCAGAAGAAUAAGGUGGUGACCACACCUGCAUUCAUGUGUGAAACAAAGUUGCACUUGAUUUUUGAUGGGAUUGGUGCUAUGGUGAGAGACGUCCUAAAGCUCAGCGGGAAGUAAAAGUUCAACUAAUAUAUCAGUAUCUUCAUGUUCAGUACGUCGUCGCUCACAUAGGAUCUGUAUCAGACUGCAUAAAUGAAAAAGAGUAGGCUAUUUCUUGCUGUGAUUUAUAGUGAUUUGCAAGAGGAGACUGUGAAAGACUUGACAGACAUUACUAAUCGAACAUGUAUCUACCUGACAGUGUUAAAUAGUAUUUUGUUGAAUAUCCAGCAGAGGGCGCUCUCUGUUUUUGAAAAGUAAAUGUGAACUAAAUGAAGCUCUGUUUUUUUUUUUCAAUUUUGAAAACUUUUAAAUUUAACUGACAUGUGAAGGAAAGCUCAUCAGUAAAAAAAAAAAAAAAAAAAAAAAAAAUGAAAUUGAGAUUUCAGAGUAUCAACUUAAUACAGUGCACCAAUUAAAGCUUGACAUCUCAUUGUGCUCUUUAAAUAUAUUAGACACAGUGUGUGAUGAAAUAUGAAGUUUGAAAUGGAAAAUAAAGUAAAUAAUUUUCUAAAAAAAUAUAAA